UCGAGCGACGUAUCGUUUCUGCCCCCUCUCAACAGCCCCGAUCGUUUCUAUAUGUUACAAUAACACUACUGUGUGUACUUUAGCACAUAGAGGCGCAAAAGUCAGUCGAUUAUCGUCCUCGCCGUUCGAGCGUCGGUGCUCUUCGAGCUGUGCGUUGAGCCGCAAACGAAUAAAAACACACACGCGUACACAAAGGAAAUAAACGAUUCGCGGAGUAUUUUAUUUAUACGGACUGAGCACACAUGACGUAGAAUUUUAUCGAAGAUAAGAAACCGCGCGCCGAGGUGCUCCGAGUACGAAAUAACGAAAGUAAAAAAGAACGAGCUCGUUCCAGCCAAGUUUUACAACACGGUAGACCGGGACGCCUCGUAACAGCGCUAGAAAACUCUUUUUCGCAUUACUUAUUUUUCUAUCUCGCGGUACGUUUGUCAUUCGUUCGCUUCGUCGUGAUAUUAUCCUGCUUGGAAAAGGGCUCGAUAACGGGGUCGCCGAUUAUUGGUCAUUUGUCGAGGGAGAAAAACGGCGAGGGGGGAGAGGAUAGAAAAAGGAGCUCAGCAUGCGUACGAAAAAAAAGACUUUAUCAGCCGGAGAAAGUAAGGGGGUCAAGAACGAUCUGCCCGACUCGGAGGCUCUCGAGCAACAGCCCAAGAAUGGAAAAAAGGUGAAAACGUUUUGCCAAAGUUGCAAGAAAAAAUGCAGCGGUCAGGUGCUCCGGGUCCAGGACAAAUAUUUUCACAUUGGUUGCUUCAAGUGCGCUCAGUGCAAAUCGAGCUUGGCCCAAGGUGGAUUUUUUCCACGUGACGGUUCCUACUAUUGUACGAAGGAUUAUCGAGAACGUUGGGGUACCCGGUGCGCCGGUUGCGGUGAAUACGUCGAGGGCGAUGUCGUCACGGCCGGUGACAAACAUUCGUUUCAUCCGAAUUGUUUCCACUGUCAGAGGUGUCGACAGCCUCUCCUUGGCGAAGGAACCAAAGUGACCUUGGUCCAAGGUCAAGCCCUUUGCCAUCGCUGCGUCGGUAUUCCCGUACGAGAAGCUUCGACUCCUGUGUGCACCAAUGAUCACAAUCGUGGAACGGUGGGAAAUGCGGGUUCGACGGAUCCCGGUGCAUGCGCUGGAUGUGGUCUACGAUUGCAGGAGGGUCAGGCGCUCGUAGCACUCGAUAGGCAGUGGCACGUAUGGUGCUUCAAGUGUCAUAGCUGUGACACCGUUCUACAUGGCGAGUACAUGGGAAAGGAUGGAGUGCCUUACUGCGAGAAAGAUUAUCAAAAACAGUUUGGUGUGAAAUGUGCGUAUUGCAGUCGUUACAUAAGCGGCAAAGUAUUGCAGGCAGGUGAGAACCAUCAUUUCCACCCGACUUGUGCACGAUGCACAAAAUGUGGGGAUCCAUUCGGGGAUGGAGAAGAAAUGUAUCUUCAGGGAGCGGCCAUAUGGCAUCCGCGAUGUGGACCCGGGCCAACCGGACCAAACGGUGUCGUAAAUGGUCAUGGACAUGUUGCGGAGCCUCACACUCCUCAACAUCGUGAAUCCGAGCGCAUAUCAAGCAGCGCUUCGGAAAUGCAGUUUUCGAUGCGAUCACGCACUCCAAGCCUGAACGGAUCGAUAUGCAGUCCUUACAGCAGCCUCAGUCGCAAGUAUUAUCCAGCCAGAACCGGAAGCCCCGGAUUGAUUUUACGGGAAUAUGGACGCGGAGGAGCCGAGGACGUAUCGAGAAUUUACACUUACUCUUAUCUUACCGAGACACCUAGUCAAGGAUAUCUUCGACGUCCGAUUCAACCUUACGACAAACCACCGACCAGUCCACACUUUCAUAGACCCAGCUCAUCACGCUCGAUAAGAAGCAGCGGCGGACGUAGCAGUCGUUCAGGAAUGAGGGCUCUCGUCGAUGCUCUCAGCGAAGCGAGACCAAAAUCUCCAGCUGCCGGAAGCCAGGCCGAUAACGACGAACCAAUUGAAUUAGCACACUAUCCCGAUGCAAUGAAACCGCCUCCUGGCUCGAAACCACCCAUCGAGAGGGACGAUUUUCCCGCACCUCCUUAUCCUUACACCGAUCCAGAAAGACGUAGACGAUGGUCCGACACUUACAAGGGAGUACCUGAAUCUGACGACGAGGACGAGGUCGAUCACAAAGGAUAUAUCAAGGAAGUUGAGCAGAAACUGAAAAAAGAGCACGACGAAUUGAGCAAAAUCGACACGGGAAUUGCUAAAGUAUUUCUACAAGACAGAGAAAAGGAUCGCGAAAAUUUACGACACCGAGCGGCGAACGUGGAUCCGAGGAACGCAUCGAGAACACCGUCGGCAGCGCGAGAACCGACUUACAGACUUCGCUACGAGAGCCCCGUCGGAGCUUCUCCCUCGAGAAAUAUCGACCAUGCCCGACCUUGGGAGGACGAGGAUGGCGUGAGUUAUAAAUCCAGUACAGGACCAAGUUACAACGUUGUGAGCUCACUUCGGCACAUCCCGAAGCCGGGAUACGGUCUGGCACCGCGAAGUCACACCUUCUCCUCAACCGGGGGUUCCGUAUCUGCUCUCCCUGGUGAUUACUCGUUCAGCGGAAUGGGCGACAAGACGCACAGCACAGAUUUUUCUUCUGGCAAAUCUGACAUAUCAACAGGCAGCAUCACGGAUGUGGACCGGCGGGCACUGGUAUGUACGACAACUGCCCCCUUCUACUCCCGGCGAAUUAGCAUGAAUGACGGCGGAAUUUUACCAUCGUCGACAACGUACACCGGAGGUCUCGGCUCUGUCGUCGGCGGAAGUCACGGUCAUCACGUCAGACGCUCGCUACCGGAUAUGGGAGCAGCACCCACCGAGCCUCCCAAACUCUAUCCCUAUCACUUGCUCGUUAUAACGAACUACAGACUCCCGGCUGACGUGGAUCGUUGUCAUCUCGAGCGUCAUCUGUCGGACGCCGAGUUCGAAUCUAUACUACAAUGUAAUCGUUCGGAAUUUUAUCGGCUGCCCCAAUGGCGUCGUAACGAAAUCAAGAGACGUGCCCGUUUGUUUUAAGUCAGGAGGAAGCAGAAAGAGGGAAGAAAAAAAAUGUUAACAACAACUGCCGUUUCUAUGUAUAAUUUCGAUACACCAAAAUGUCACCCAAUUCCGUCGUGCCCGAAAAAUGUAAUUCGGUACAGAGUGCGCGCGUGUGUGGGCGUAUGCGUGAGUGUGUCGUGCGUGCGUUACAUUCCCCCACAGAACAAAAAAGUAACGAAAAAACCGUAGUAAAAGAAAUGAUUGCUUGAGAAUUGGCAGUCUGUGCGGAGCGAAGAGCAGAAAAAGCAAAAAAAUCGUAACCGAGUAAUAACACACAAAACACACUUAUGACAACUGUACUAAAAAGAGACACGCACAUUUUUCGUUGUGCGAAUUCUCAAUUACCUACAAAUAUCAGUCGAUUACGAGUUUCAAACUAUACAAAUGUUUCGAUGUUAAACGGGGAAAGACGAUUGUGUGUGUGUGUGUGUGUGUUUUUCCCAAAUGAUUUCGACAACGAAACCAGACAUUUCGUGAAUUAUCCUGAGGAGGCAGACAGCAGUCAAAAGUCACUGCCACGGUUAUCCCGUCUAUGAGAGCUCUGCUCUCAUUUUUCUAACCAUUUAUCUCGAGUUUCUUUUUACUUUUUGUUAUUCAAGUUUCGAUAAAAAAUUCUCUGCUUUUCGCGCGAAUCAAAUAAAACGUACUCACGUGGAUUUUAAAAGCCCAUGCGCAUUGCAAAUGCUGCUCCGCGUACAGUUAAGUAAAACAAAAUAAUGAAAAAUAUUCACCAUCUCGUUGUUACGAUCGUCGACUAUCGGAGCUUAGUUUUAAUUGGAUGCUCGAUAUUAGGGGAUUAGAUUAGUUCAUUGAAGAAGAAUUUUAAAUUUGGCUUAUUUCAUUGUACAAACGGAAUCGUUCUCCUUUCCCCUCCCUUGAAUAUCGCUCCUACAAAAUUUCUUAUCUUCCUCGAUGAGCCGUGGGUACAAGGGUAAUUCGUACUAAACGAUUAAGUCUAAGUUCGUUGAAUUCUUUCGCCCUCUCCCUCUUUUUUAUUCGUUACUCGACAUUGUUAAAAUUUUUGUUAUUUUAUUAUUUUUUCCCCCUUUUUUUUAAUCUGACCAAUAUUACUUGGGCUCGUUUAUAUCGAAGGAUAUAAAUCGUGUAAUGAGGUCAAAUGAAAAAGCAUGAUUAACCACAUUUUUACGUUACAAAUAAUGUAAAAGAAAAUGGAAACAAUGGCAAAAGACAAGGAUCGUCGUCGUUAGCGUGACCCUACGAACAGUUGCAUUCUCAGCAGAGUGUGGAUGAACGAUUGUAAAUCGACGAUUGAAAAAGAAGUGAGGAGAAAGGAGAAAAGACGAAUGAUAAAAAGCAAUUAUAGUUAAGAUAAAUAUAAAAGGAUCGAAAAUUCUUUGAGUCUCUAAAAGAGUCGUAUGUGUCCUACGAAGAGAACCGAAUGAUGCACGAUACGAGGGAUUAAAAAUCAGCUAUCCGGCAACGCUAGAGUAUCUUCAAAAAAACAAAGCUACUAUUUUUUGGCCAUAAGUUUGAUUGAUUAUAUUCUUGCUACAUUUUAGAGUAAAUAAACAAAAAAAAAGAGAGAGAGAGAAAAACCAAUGAAAUAGAAAAAAGGGUAGAUUACCGAACCGAGAUGCAAGGUGACACGUGGGACAAUUUUAUCCGGAAGGAGCACAAUGUCGUGAAAGUUUAUUAAAACAUCUACGAAGCUCCAUAAUAUCUCCGCAUAAUGUAACAUUACGAAAAGUGAAUAAUGCCAGCGCUUUCAAUUUAUUAUGACUCAUUAUAUCAUUAUCAUUACUAUUAUUAUUAUUAUUAUUAUUAUCGUUAAUAUUAUUAUUAGUUCGCGGACUCCACUCGCUGAAACUGGAAUUUUCGUCUGUGGUACAUGCAAUACGAUAGUCAUAAUAAUCGCGAUGAAUAUGCGGAUGAUAAAAAAACACGUUUGCUGAACUUCAUAUUGGGGGUGUUGCGAACCAGAAACUUUCGAUUCCUCUACUUUCCUUCCCCUCUGUCCUGCCCCCCCCCCCCCCCACUCGCUCCCUCCCUUCUCCCCCCCCCCCAAGUCAUGUGCCUAUCGAUAAAUGUCAAUGCAUAAUAGACAUUUAACGCACUCUUUGCAGAAAAAUCGUUAUACAUAAUAUUAUAUUAUACUAUUACUAUAUAGUAUAUAAUCGUCGAAGUCUCAUAGCGUACGAUCGUACGAGCAAACGAAAAAAAAAAAAAAAACAAAAACAAAAAAGAGAGAACUAAUCCGAAAGAUAGUUUAACGAGUCUUGUAAGGGUCUCACGUGCAUGAACGUGGUUUUACUGCAAGUAUAAACUUAAUAAAAUUUGCUGUACGAGACUGGAGAUAUGUAAUGGCAAUUUUUGAAUGGAGAAGAAAAAAUAGUUUGAAAUAAUGAUUUCAUAGAUGACGACGAAGGUCGAACAUAAAAGACAAAAUGGAGCGUGAAACCUUGAAGUCUUGACAAAUGUGUUCCAGAAAGAGUAUUCACUGUUUUUCGUAUUAUUUCGAACGGUUUUUAUUUCUCGUUCGAAACUUGUCUGUCUGUGCGAGAUUUGUCUCUCGGUGAUCAAAACGCCAGCGCGAUUCAGCCUCGAAUGCAAGAGACCCGCUAUACGUAUAUUUAUAUUUGUUUGUAUGUUCUCCCGGUUUAUCGCUACGAACGUACACAUUUAUAUAGAUUUAUGUAUGCAUAGUCUCGCUGAUUAUUAACGAUUAAAACCAAUGUUAAGGUUUUCAGUUGUAUAAAGCACACACCGCUUUCGCUAGUCCAUAAAUUUCAAUUAUAAAAUGCAAGAGAAACAACAACAGCAACAGAAAAAUAACAAAAAUAAUUAUGUCAAAGAAA